AUGUCUUCACCAUCAGGCUCCUCAUCUGCAUCCGGGUCUGGCAAGGCGAAUGGUGUUCUCAACAAAGCAUUCCCGCACAUCGAUCUUGAUGGUCACAACCUUCCUCCCUCACCUGCACCCUCCAGUCCACACAAUGGCAGAAGAUAUGCGUUGGCCACCGAAUUAGUUUACACAGAGACGAAGGAUCAAUAUGGAGCAUCAAGUAUGCCAAUUUAUCAAUCUGCCACAUUCAAACAGAACUUAGCUGGCGGCGGAUCAGAAUACGAUUACACUCGUUCCGGCAAUCCUACAAGAACACAUUUAGAGCGACAUCUCGCCAAGAUUAUGAACGCUACCCGUGCGCUCGUCGUCGGGUCUGGUAUGGGCGCAUUAGAUGUUAUAACACGAAUUCUACGACCGGGUGAUGAAGUUAUCACAGGAGAUGAUUUAUAUGGGGGUACCAAUCGAUUGUUGACAUACCUGGCUGCGAACACCGGUAUAGUUGUACACCAUGUUGAUACGACCAACCCCGACAAAGUCAAAGCGGUUUUAGGACCUAAAACAGCUAUGGUUUUACUAGAGACUCCAACCAAUCCUUUGAUAAAGAUCGUCGAUAUUGCAACAAUUGCAAGGACCGCACACGAGCUGAACGAGAAGGCUUUGGUUGUGGUUGACAACACCAUGCUCUCCCCCAUGUUAUGCAAUCCAUUGGACCUCGGCGCAGAUAUUGUUUAUGAGUCAGGCACGAAAUAUCUUUCUGGACAUCACGAUAUUAUGGCCGGUGUUUUAGCUUUCAACGAUCCCACUAUUGGAGAUAAGAUGUACUUCACAAUCAAUUCUACUGGUUGUGGCCUCUCGCCAAACGACUCAUUCUUACUCAUGAGGGGAAUAAAAACUUUGGCAAUCCGUAUGGAACGACAACAGACGAAUGCUCAAGCAAUUGCUGAAUUCCUCGAAUCACAUGGCUUCCGUGUAAGAUACCCUGGUCUGAAAUCUCAUCCUCAAUACGAUCUUCACUGGUCUAUGGCUCGUGGAGCUGGAGCCGUACUUUCUUUCGAAACAGGUGAUGUUGCUCUCUCCGAGAGAAUUGUUGAAGCUGCAAAGUUAUGGGGCAUUAGUGUUAGUUUCGGUUGUGUCAACAGUCUGAUCAGUAUGCCGUGCCAAAUGAGUCAUGCUAGUAUUGAUGCAAAGACGAGGAAGGAAAGACAGAUGCCAGAAGACAUCAUUAGAUUGUGUGUUGGAAUUGAGGACGUAACAGAUUUGAUAGAUGAUUUGAGCCGAGCUCUCGUCCAAGCAGGUGCUGUGAAGGUAACUCUUGAUGGGUUUCAUGCCGUUGGUGCCGCUCAAGCUAUUGCUGAGAUACCAAUAACCGAAUCAGAUGAUGCAGCCGCUCCAUUGUGA